ACCCUCGAAGACUGUCAAUAAUGGUCAUGUAUGAAAAAGUAACAGUGUCUUGAUGGAUUUACAUUUUGAUUUUUUUUGCGUUCUUCGUAAAGUCACUCGAUUACUAUCAAUGGAACUUAAUAUUUUUUGUCGACCGUUAGCAUCUAUGACGUUUUUUUGAAGGCACGGAGCUCUGUUUACGUCCACCUACUAGACCAUAGUAUCCAAUUCGCACCGCUGCCGUCUGCUGCACUGCAGCAGACCACAUUUACAAUGAAUACAGAAGUAAAAACCGAGGGUCAGUCCUCUACAAACGGAGGAAGUAUAGCUGAUGGCAUGACACAAGCUGAGCGAGACCCUAACUAUGCGUUUAAGGCUUCAGCAUUUUUAGCCGGAAUAGCUGGAUUUUCAGCAUUAUUUGGCUUUGGAGCAACACUUUCUUAUGCCAAAAAGAAAGAUCCUGUAUUUUUUGAUAAAGGCGUAGUAAUGGGUCCAACUAUAGCUGAAAGUGGUGCUGGUCUGGCUGUACGAGCAUUGGGUUGGGGAACAUUGUAUGCUGUUGGAGGUUGCGGUCUCUUAUUUGUUUCUAUCUGGAAAUUAUCAGGAUGCAGCAAUCUUCACGAAUUUCGCAUGAAAAUGGGAGAUAAACUACCUAAGAUUCGGAAAAAUGAUCCUCCUCAGAGCAGAACAGAAUUUGAAGGAUUGAGUGAUUUAAUGGGAUAUUUAGAAACUUGGGGCUCAGAAAAGAAGAAUAAAUCUGUCAGCCAACCAAUUGCAGUAGAGGCCAAGACUCCAUCUAAUCAAAAUUAGUUGACUGAUGUUACAUUAUAGCAAUUUGUAAUGGGUGUACAACACAAUGAAAUUGCCAUCUGUCUUGGCUUGUUAUGGAAAACAAAUUUUCAGAGGCUAUUAGAUUUCUGAUUAGAAUUUGGUGCUUGGGAAUCUCCAACUUGAACCGUGUCUUCGUUGAAAGAAUUUUUUCUAUCUUUGAGUUCAGUAUUAUAUGCCUUGAGGUUAAAGCUCAGCAUUUCUGCAUUUGAACCAAUUGCGCAUUUCAUGCUAAGCAAAUGGUUUCAUUGAAAAGAACAAUACUGUCCAUAAUAUUAUCAAAAUUACAUCUGUAUUGGGAGAACUGCAAUUUUGUGACACUUAUGAUCUCACAAGUGUAAAACAGAGUAAAUAUCUGUAGUAAGUUUAAAUCAUAAAGGCAUCUGUUGAAAACUAUGACAUUGUGAUUUGCUGUUAAUUUGUUAAAUAAAUUUUUUUUACAACA